GGUUUUGCUUUGUUUUCUUUCAUAUUUCUCCUUAUCCUCCCACUAGUCUUUGUGUAUAUUCCCUUGGAGCAGAAGUGUAGAAAGGACAGAGGGGUGUUUAGGUCUGUUACCUCAGUUGGCCCAGGAGUCCAAUACUGCAGGCUCCUUCUCUGCCUAGGACAGCUGGCUGUGCCUGGUGUGGGGGAAGUCCUUUGUUCAUUGGCUAUGCUACACCCUCACUCUGGUUUGUCAGCUGUCUGGCAAAUCUCUGUCCUUGGCCACAAGUGUCAUUAGAUGACAGCAUAUGAACGACUCAAGGCAAACACACCAGCACUCCUAGAAAAGCAAUUCUCAAUUUAUGUUCUGUGGAUGGUGGGAAUGAGAUCUCGAAACCAAGGUGGUGAAAGUGCAUCUGAUGGGCGUAUCUCCUGUCCCAAGCCCUCCAUCAUCGGCAAUGCUGGUGAAAAAAGUCUCUCAGAAGAUGCGAAAAAGAAGAAGAAAUCAAACAGGAAGGAGGAUGAUGUCAUGGCCUCAGGAACUGUCAAACGACACCUAAAAACAUCUGGAGAAAGUGAACGAAAAACUAAGAAAUCCCUGGAGUUAUCCAAAGAAGACCUCAUCCAACUACUCAGUAUAAUGGAAGGGGAGUUGCAGGCCAGAGAAGAUGUGAUCCACAUGCUGAAGACAGAGAAAACCAAGCCUGAGGUUCUGGAGGCUCAUUACGGGUCUGCGGAGCCAGAGAAAGUGCUGCGGGUCCUGCACCGAGAUGCCAUUCUUGCCCAGGAGAAAUCCAUAGGAGAAGAUGUCUAUGAGAAACCGAUUUCAGAGCUGGACAGACUUGAGGAAAAACAGAAAGAAACCUACCGGCGCAUGCUAGAGCAGCUGUUGCUGGCCGAGAAGUGUCAUAGGCGCACCGUAUACGAGUUAGAGAACGAGAAGCAUAAACACACUGACUACAUGAACAAGAGCGACGACUUCACCAACCUGCUGGAGCAGGAGCGGGAGAGGUUAAAAAAGCUCCUUGAACAAGAAAAGGCUUAUCAAGCCCGCAAAGAAAAGGAAAAUGCUAAACGACUCAAUAAACUAAGAGAUGAGCUUGUUAAACUCAAGUCCUUUGCACUCAUGCUGGUGGAUGAAAGACAAAUGCACAUUGAACAACUUGGCCUGCAAAGCCAGAAAGUACAGGAUCUUACUCAGAAGCUGAGGGAAGAAGAAGAAAAGCUCAAAGCCAUUACUUCCAAAUCCAAAGAAGACAGACAGAAAUUGCUCAAGUUAGAAGUGGACUUUGAACACAAGGCUUCAAGGUUUUCUCAAGAGCAUGAAGAGAUGAAUGCUAAACUGGCUAAUCAAGAGUCUCACAAUAGGCAACUUAGACUCAAGCUGGUUGGCUUAACCCAAAGAAUCGAGGAGCUAGAAGAGACCAACAAAAAUCUGCAGAAGGCAGAGGAAGAACUUCAAGAAUUAAGAGAUAAAAUUGCCAAAGGAGAAUGUGGAAACUCUAGCCUCAUGGCAGAAGUGGAAAAUCUUCGAAAGCGUGUGCUUGAAAUGGAAGGUAAAGAUGAGGAGAUCACUAAAACUGAAUCCCAGUGUAGGGAAUUGAGGAAGAAGCUGCAAGAGGAAGAACACCAUAGUAAGGAGCUCAGACUUGAAGUUGAGAAGCUACAGAAGAGAAUGUCUGAACUAGAGAAAUUGGAAGAAGCAUUUAGCAAGAGUAAAUCUGAGUGCACCCAGCUACAUUUAAAUCUGGAGAAAGAAAAGAACUUAACCAAAGACCUGCUAAAUGAAUUGGAGGUGGUCAAGAGUCGAGUUAAAGAAUUGGAAUGUUCUGAAAGUAGAUUGGAAAAGGCUGAAUUAAGCCUAAAAGAUGAUCUUACGAAGUUGAAGUCAUUUACCGUGAUGCUGGUUGAUGAAAGGAAAAAUAUGAUGGAAAAAAUAAAGCAAGAAGAGAGAAAAGUGGAUGGACUCAAUAAAAAUUUUAAGGUGGAACAAGGAAAAGUUAUGGAUGUAACUGAAAAACUAAUUGAAGAAAGUAAGAAACUUUUAAAAUUAAAAUCUGAAAUGGAGGAAAAAGUAUAUAACUUGACAAGAGAAAGAGAUGAGUUGAUAGGCAAAUUGAAAAGUGAAGAAGAAAAAUCCUCUGAAUUAAGCUGUAAUGUUGACUUACUAAAGAAGAGACUUGAUGGUAUAGAGGAAGUGGAAAGAGAAAUAACAAGAGGAAGGUCACGAAAAGGGUCUGAGCUCGCCUGCCCGGAAGAUAAUAAGAUUAAGGAACUAACACUUGAAAUUGAGAGACUAAAGAAACGUCUCCAACAAUUGGAAGUGGUCGAAGGGGAUUUGAUGAAGACAGAAGAUGAGUAUGAUCAGCUGGAACAGAAAUUUAGAACUGAGCAGGAUAAGGCUAACUUCCUGUCUCAACAACUGGAGGAGAUCAAGCACCAAAUUGCCAAGAAUAAAGCAAUAGAAAAGGGUGAGGUUGUGAGCCAGGAAGCUGAACUGAGACACAGAUUUCGGUUGGAAGAAGCUAAAAGUCGAGACUUAAAAGCCGAAGUACAAGCUCUUAAAGAGAAGAUUCACGAAUUAAUGAACAAAGAAGAUCAGCUUUCUCAGCUCCAGGUAGAUUAUUCUGUGCUUCAACAAAGAUUUAUGGAAGAAGAAAAUAAGAACAAAAACAUGGGGCAGGAGGUUCUCAAUCUGACCAAAGAGUUGGAGCUUUCCAAGCGCUACAGCAGAGCUCUUAGGCCCAGUGUGAAUGGAAGAAGAAUGGUGGAUGUUCCUGUGACGUCAACUGGAGUCCAAACUGAUGCAGUCAGCAGUGAAGCAGCAGAGGAAGAAACGCCAGCUGUAUUCAUACGGAAAUCCUUCCAGGAAGAAAAUCAUAUUAUGAGUAAUCUUCGGCAGGUGGGAUUGAAGAAACCCGUGGAAAGAUCCUCUGUUCUAGACAGGUAUCCUCCAGCAGCAAAUGAGCUCACUAUGAGAAAGUCUUGGAUUCCAUGGAUGAGAAAGAGGGAAAAUGGCCCCUCCAUCACUCAGGAGAAAGGGCCCCGAACAAAUUCCAGUCCAGGGCACCCAGGAGAGGUAGUCCUUUCACCAAAGCAGGGCCAGCCCCUGCAUAUUCGAGUGACACCAGACCACGAGAACAGCACUGCGACUUUGGAGAUAACAAGCCCGACAUCUGAAGAAUUUUUUUCUAGUACCACUGUCAUUCCUACCUUAGGGAAUCAGAAACCAAGAAUAACCAUUAUUCCAUCACCAAAUGUUAUGCCUCAAAAACAAAAAAGUGGAGAUACUACUCUUGGCCCAGAACGAGCCAUGUCCCCAGUCACAAUUACUACAUUUUCCAGAGAGAAGACUCCAGAAAGUGGAAGAGGCGCAUUUGCAGACAGGCCCACAUCCCCUAUUCAGAUAAUGACGGUGUCUACAUCAGCAGCACCAGCUGAGAUUGCAGUUUCUCCCGAAUCCCAGGAAAUGCCCAUGGGACGGACAAUCCUCAAAGUCACCCCAGAAAAACAGACUGUUCCAACUCCAGUACGGAAAUACAACUCCAAUGCCAAUAUCAUAACCACAGAGGACAAUAAAAUUCACAUUCACUUAGGGUCUCAGUUUAAACGGUCCCCUGGAACUUCAGGUGAAGGAGUCAGUCCAGUUAUUACUGUCCGACCAGUAAACGUGACAGCCGAAAAGGAGGUUUCCACCGGCACUGUCCUUCGCUCUCCCAGGAACCACCUCUCCUCACGGCCUGGUGCAAGCAAAGUGACGAGCACUAUCACCAUAACACCGGUCACAACGUCAUCUGCUCGAGGAACCCAGUCAGUGUCAGGACAAGACGGGUCAUCCCAGCGGCCUACACCCACCCGCAUUCCUAUGUCAAAAGAAAGCAUCAUCAUUCACCAGUUACGAAUGAACUCCAGAUGAAAUGGUAAACCAAGCACAUACUGGGUGUGUGUACGACCUCUGAAUCCCUAUUGAAUGGACAGCCCUCAGUCAUGACUAAGGUCCUCCAUGCUACUGAUCACUACUGGAAAUAUUUUACUACUUCCAGUGAUUUUUUUUUUAAAGAUAUAAUGUAAAAAGCUGAAAAUGGCCUUGCUGAUAAUAUGAAAAUAUGUAGCAAGAGCAAUUCAAUCUAUGUGCCAAAAGAAAUUUCUUUUUGCAAAGCUUUCAGGUCUAUGGGCACAUGCUGUAUAACUUAUUUUUUAUAAUACAUUUUGUAAUGUGAUUUUUUUUGCUAAAGUGUUUCCCUUUUUCAUAGUCUCUGGCACAUAUAUCUAUGGAAUACGCUGUCAGUUCUUCAAAGUACUGGUAUUGUUGCAUUCAAAAUGGUAACCUAUAAUUAUUUUCUUUUUAUCAAUUUGUUAAUUCUGAAAAAAAGAAAGUACAACUAUAUUUCCUGAGGUAAAUUCAAGAGGUAAAACUUAGAAGCAGGAGAUUCUGGAAGAGGUUUUACUAUUGCUUGUACAAUGCUAUGGUUCUGAUCAUGGUUCAAUACUAACAAAUAAUGCUCUGACUUAAAAGCUUAAUUUUAAAUACUAAAAAUCAGUUUCUAAAGUUGCUCUUUCUGGUGUUCUGGGCCAAAAACCUUGGAUGAAAUGAUUUUUAUAUAGAACAAAUUAAUAAAAGGAGAUGUACCAGUUUAACCAGUAAGGGCAAUAAGAACAGCUUUGACUGACAGUUUAAUUACACUUCUGAUUGCAUUAUUUACUUGUAUGUGUAAGACUUAUAGUAAGGACUGUGAAAUAAAGAUAGUUCUCACAAUCUAAUCCAAUCAAAACUUGAAUAUAAAAACAGACCUAAAAUGUCAGGAUCUUUUUUAAAAAAUAAGACUGGGCAUGGUGGGUCGUGCCUGUAAUCCCAGCACUUUGGGAGGCCAAGGCGGGAGAAUCACUUAAGCCCAGGAGUUCAGGAUCAGCCUGGGCAACACAGUGAGAGUCUUAAGAAAAAAAAAAAAAAAAAAAAAAAAAGAA